CCCUGGGGUUUUACUUCGCUGGCCUCAUCAGCCAGCUGCUACCUGGGCGGCUGGGAGUCUGAGUCGGAGCAGGGCCCUGGGGAGAUGGCUGUGGACCCAGCAGCGGAGAGAUCCCGAGAGAGUGCGCCGCAACCCCAUGUCUCAGCCAGGGCUCCCUUCCCUAGCUCCCACGCAUGGAUGUGAUGGCGGCUCCUGGUCUGCCCUGGUGUCUGUCCCUCCUUGUCCUCUUCCUGCCCCUGGCCAUCCCUCGGGCAUCCACAGUGGUGAACGACCCCUCCAAGCUCGCGUGCUUCUACAACUCAAAAGCCAACAUCUCCUGUGUCUGGAGCUGGGAUGGGGACCUACAGGCCACAUCCUGUAGGAUCCACGCUAAGCCGGACCAACGGUCUUGGAACAAAUCCUGUGAGCUGCUUCCGAUGGGAUCGGCCUCCUGGGCCUGUUACCUGAUCCUUGGAUCCCCAGAUACUCAGAGUCUGACUUCGGCUGACACCGUGGACAUGAGGGUGAUGUGCCACGAAGGGGAGAGGUGGAGGGUGCUGAUGACCCAGAAAUUCAAGCCCUUUGAGAACCUUCGGCUGAUGGCCCCCGACUCCCUCCAAGUCACCCACGUAGGGACCCACAGAUGCAACAUAACCUGGAAAGUCCGCCAGUCCUCCCACUACAUUGAAAGAUACCUGGAGUUUGAGGCCCGGAAAAGGUCCCCAGGCCACAGCUGGGAGGAGGCCUCCCUGCUGACCCUCGCGCAGAACCAGCAAUGGAUUUGCCUGGAGACCCUCACUCCAGACACCCAGUAUGAACUUCAAGUGCGGGUCAGGCCCCAGCUGGGCAAAAACGAGGCUUGGAGCCCCUGGAGCCAGCCCCUGGCCUUCAGGACGAGGCCCGCAGCCCCAGGGAAGGAGGCUGUGCCCUUUCCUUGGCUGGGCCGCAUCAUCAUGGGCAUCAGCAGUGUCUUUGGCUUCAUCAUCUCGGUCUACUUGCUGGCCAACUGCCGGUACAUCGGGCCAUGGCUGAAGAAAGUUCUGAAAUGUCACAUCCCAGAUCCCUCAGAAUUCUUCUCCCAGCUGAAGUCAGUGCAUGGAGGAGAUUUCCAGAAGUGGCUCUCCUCUCCCUUCCCCUCGUCGUCCUUCAGCCCCGACACGCCGGCACCCGAGAUCUCCCCGCUGGAGGUGCUGGACAGGGACGCCAAGGCCACACAGUUGCUCCUGCUACAGCAGGAGAAGGUGCCCUCCUCGUCCUCCGCCGAGACCAGCGGCCACUCGCUGACCAGCUGCUUCACCAAUCAGGGCUAUUUCUUCUUCCACCUCCCGGACGCUCUGGAGAUCGAGGCCUGCCAGGUGUACUUCACCUAUGACCCCUGCACGGAAGAGCCCGAUGAGGCCGGGCCCGGGGCGCCUGCGGGGUCUCUCCUGCCACCCCUGCUGCCUCCGCCCGGGGAGGAAGACGCCUACUGCACCUUCCUCCUCGGCGGCCCGGGCCCCCCAAACACGGCCCCGGGGGGCACUGGAGCUCAUGACAAGAAGCUGGCCCCCUGCCUGCAGGAGGGAGCUCCCAGAGACUGGGCCCCCCGGCCCCCGCUGUCUCCCCCCCCAGGUGCACCUGAGCCAGUGGACAUCCAGCCACCCCUGGAGGGCUCCGCGGAAGGAGCAAGAGAGGAGGUCCCGGGCCCGGGCCCUGGGGAGAGGGUCAGGGUCAGCUUCCCCUGGGCCAGCCCUCCUGGGCAAGGCCAGCUCAGAGCCCCUGCCUCCUGCCUGACCCUGAACACCGAUGCCUACCUGUCCCUCCAGGAGCUGCAGGAUCAGGACCCAGCUCGCUCGGGGUAGACGCAACGACCCGGUGGGUCACUGGCCACUGUGGUGCCAGGCCCAGUUGAGGGCUCGCUGGCCUCAAGGUCUGUCCACUGCUGAGUCACCCGGUUUCUAGCCGUGCCCCGGACAUCUCUGCCCAGAGGGCCCCCACCCAACCUAGCACAUUUGGCCGUUCACUUCCAAAGACCUCAGUUGCUGCUUCCUGGUCCUAUGGCCCAAGUGCAGAGUGGGGGGGGGGGGGUGGGGGCACCGUGACUCCCCCACUCCCUCAUCAGUCACGGAGCCCCAUGGCUUUUGUCCCUGAAGCAUCCCUCCUCUUCAGCCCUGCAAGCACUCUUGGGGGAGCGUUCUCGGGGCUCUCCAGGGGUCUUCUCCGCAGGCUUCCUGCCCCAUCUCCCCCCCUCCCCCCCCUCCCCCGCAAGACAAUGAGAACAAUGAGGACGCUCUUUCCAGAACGUAAAUAUGGUUAAGCUGCCUUCCCCGGUUAAAUCCCUGCCAUGCCUCCUCACUGCUUCACUUCUUGGCCCAGCCCCUGCUCCUCCAGCAUCGUGUUGGGACAUUCCCUUCUGGAACCUUCCUACUGAGCCACCAGAAGCUCCCUCCUGCCCCCACACCUUGGCACAUGCUUGGCACCCGGUGCCUUCAGUGCCUCCUUCAUCUAGGGGACAAAUCCCCCUUAUCCCUCAAGUGUCCGCUUCCCUUGGAAGGAAACACUGCUUCCAUUCAUGUGCCCAGGCUUCACGAUUCAGUGCUGGAGGGACAGUUCUCGGGGUCACGGGAUGGCUAGACCCAGCGGCAAUCCGCCCUUGGGAUCUCUCAUGACCUCAGCAUGCUUCGCUGCUGUGUCCUUACCACAGUAUGGACACAAAUCCCCUGGGGGGGGGGGGGAGAAGAGGGGACACUGGCUGGAUGUUUCCAAGGAGGUUUCACAGACUCCUAAGGCAUGCUGCUGGAAAGUGAACCUCCUGUCAGUGGCAGGUUCCGAUGCUGUCCCAGGGAGCCCAGAUCUGGGCCCCUGCCACUCCACCCUCUCCUGGAGGGACCUCUUG